CAACAGGAGAAUCAUUUCUAUAGUAGUCGUCCGCUUUUGUGUUCCCUAAAGGAGCUACAGAUCCCACCCGGGUUGAUGAUCCAUAUCCUCGGCUCCCUACAGUGAGAACCAUUUACUCUCGUUCUGCCUGUAAAGGCGGCAGUCACUGGCUUUCGGGUCGUGGCUGUAUAGAGAGUAGCGAUGAUCUGUACCCUGUCUUUCGAGGUCUUGCCUUCGGGCGCUCGGGCAGGGUGGGUGCCGAUGGAAGUCUGACCGGCCUUUCAUUUUUAUUUUAUUUUUUUAUGCUCUCGAGCUUUGCCCCAGACGAGAGGAAGAAGCUCCUUGGCUCAUUGGCGUUUUCCUGAAAAGCGCUCUGAGAAAACCUCUGGAACUGCUUCACACUUAUGCUAUUAUGUACGCGAUUUGCCAGCCAGGCUCAAGGACCCCAAUGUGCCGACUUUAUACCGCUUGUGGUUUACCAGUUCUCUUCCAAAAGGGGGUGGCUUGUCAAAUUCUGGCAGGUCCUUCUCCCAACUGCCCUGUUUGGAGACCCGCAGCCUUGGCAUGCGCGUGCUGUGGUUUUCUAAAUCAGGCUUCCCCAGGUUCCCCUUGACACGUGGACCCGCGACUUGUCAAGCUCCCAAUAUUCGUCUAACUGACUCCUGUCAUUGAAUGACACCUGCCCGGCAUGUGUUAAACGCCUUUCGUCUCCAUAUUUAAUUAACGGACGCAUAAUGUAUGGCUGCGACUUGUAACCGAACCCACAAAGCAUUAUCCAUGAAAAGAAAUGUGGGGUUGUGUAACUCGGAGUAGAACCUCAUCGACUUGACUUCUGCCCUUUCUAAAGAUACUCCAUCUUAGAUUUUAAGUCCCGUGAAAGCAGAGUUGUCUUGAUGCUGCACAACUCCCCGUCCCUAGCCACCUGACAAAAGCAGACAUACAUGGCUGUGCUGUGCGUUAUCAGUGUGUCUCGUGGGUCUUGGGUCUGGCCCAGCACUGUCGUAUUCCCAGGAUUCGCCGAAUGCGAGCAAAUCCCACCUCCCCUGUCUGUGAUGGUUCCCGUACGCUCUGAAAUAUCCAACUGCACGGUCU